AACCUCUCCGCUACACAGAUUUGUUUGCGUGUCAAACUCAAGCAUACAAACUUUUUCCAGCGCGCACGUACGCAGCAACAUUUAAGCAAUAGAGAGAAGAAAAAAAACCCACACUCCCAGCUAUUUACUAAAACCGAAGGAUUGUUGCCAGAAUUUUGUGCUGGCACCGGACGCUGCUAUUCGACAGCAGUCUUUGCGUCUGUACCUGCGAACAAGUGUACUGAGAUGCGAUUUGUCUGUGCUGUGCAUCGGUGCCUGGCUGGCAGCGUACCGCGGAGAGUGUGAGGUUGACGCCGUAGGUAGUCGUGAAUGUAGAUCGAUGGCAGAUAUCGCUAGCCACCAGCAAAAGAUGGUGCCGUAACUUUGCAUCAUAAAUCGCUAAACGCUCGCACUUUGUCGUGUAUCGUAGUAAACAAUACUCCCUUCCCGUAUCAAUACUCCACUCGGAAGCGCUCGCAUAUGGCGUGGUAGUAGUACCUGCUGUUUAGUUACCUAGUCCUUUAAUUGUAUCCUGCCAAGUGUGUCUGUGCGCGUGUGCGUGCGUAUUCAAUAGUUUAAGCUAGCAAACGCGAAAUCAUGGCAGCGCUUCCACCACGCAAAAAUCCAACGCCUACCAAAAUAUCCAAGCAACACCUGACACCGCUGCAAAUACUGCUCCAGAUGGGCUUCCCCAAGCAUAGAGCUGAAAAGGCACUAGCGGCCACCGGCAACCGGGGCGUCCAGCUGGCCUCCGAUUGGCUGCUGGCGCACGUGAACGACCCCUUCCUGGACGAAUGCGCUCCGCGCGAAUACAUCCUGUACGCCUGCCCGACCGGUCCCUUUCUGCAGCAGCUGGAAAACUUCUGGGCCCAGUCGAGGGAGGCGUGCGGCUGGAACGGGGCCCACAACUUUACGCCCCACAUUACGCUGGUGUCGUUCUUCAAAGCGCCGGACGAGUGCGCUCCCCAGCUGUCGAAGGCGCUGAAAGAUCUGAUGAACCUGCCCGGCGCCCGGAUCGAUCGGCCGAUCGGGCUGGAGCUGUACACGAGCCCCAACUUUAUGGGCUUUUUCGUCGCGGAAGACGACGCCAACUAUCUGAAGCGGCUGGCCCUGCAAUACGUAAAGGAGGUGUCCCACUCAAUAAUUAGUGACACCUAUGAGCAGCUAGACGCACUGGUAACGUGUUUUCCGUGGUGCGGAGGAGUUACCUCGGCCCGAUGCAUACCGCGUAGCAGUCGAUCCAUUUCGCUGGAACCGCACGUCAAGUCGCUGCAUCUGACGCUGGCCUACCAAUUCCCGCCCAGUCAGUUUAAUGCGCUGAAAGCGUUGGUGGAAAAUUUGGACGCUUCCUGCACGGACGCCAACUGGGAGCUGCGGCUGUACUCGCGCGACCCCCGGCUCGUCUCGAAGCAGGUGCACAAGGUGCUGUAUCCGCACACGCCGCGCGAAACGGACGAGCUGGAGCUCCGGAUCGGUGAUCACAUCUAUCUCAACCCGGAAGCAAUACAAGCGUCCACCGACGGCUGGGUCGAGGGGAUCUCGUGGCUAACCGGCACCACCGGCUACCUGCCCGAAAACUACACCGAGCGGACGGCGGAAUCGGACGCGUGGACGAUGCACCGUACGGUGCCGCUGUGUGACGCACGGACUGUGCCGGCCGACGAAACACUGUCCGACACGGUUGAUGGAGUGCUGCCCGCCAGCGGAUCGCCCAGCCUGGCACCGGAAGCGAACGAUACGGUAUCUGUAGGUCAGAGCGAAUCGCAACCGGACGGUGCACCGCAAACGACGGACCGAGUAGCACCUGCACCAGACCAGCAACAAACAGCAACGGGCGGCGGCGGCGGCGAGCAACAGAACGGUGGCAAAAUGUUCGGUGGCAAUAAAACGAUGGACGACAUUCCACUGGAAAAGUUGCACGAGCUAGUGAAAAAACGUACCAACAUGCAGGUGAUCCCGGGAGAUCAGUGCGCCUCACAGUCGCAGUCUGUACCGCGGACGGAAUCGGGCACGCGCAAGGUGUACGUCAUGCGACACGGCGAGCGGAUCGAUUUUACCUUUGGUUCGUGGGUACCGUACUGCUUCGAUGAGGCCGGCAACUACGUCCGGAAAGAUCUGAACAUGCCCACAUCGUUGCCCACACGUAAACCUAGCCUCUGGCAGAAGGAUUCACCACUGACGAACGUGGGUCGCUAUCAGGCACGGCUCGUCGGCGAAGGGCUGAAGGAUGCGGGGGUACAAAUAGCGCGCGCGUACUGCUCGCCCUCGUUCCGCUGCAUCCAGACGGCCACUUCAGUGCUGGAGGGGCUCGGAUUAAAGGCAACCGUGCCGAUCUGCAUCGAGCCCGGCCUGUUCGAGUGGCUCGCCUGGUACCAGGACGGGCUGCCCGAGUGGCUUACGCCGGACGAGCUGCUUGCGGCCGACUACAACAUCGACACGGCCUACAAACCGCUCUCUUCGCCGGGCCUGCUGCGGGAACAUUUUCACGAAAAGUUGAACGAGUUUUACUGCCGCAAUUCGAACGCCGCGGAAGAAAUCAUCAAAAGCACGGAAGGAAACGUGCUGAUUGUGGGCCAUGCCACAACGCUCGAUACGUGCACCCGGUUCAUCAUUGGCGAGAAGCUUCGCUCCACCAACGAUAUGGCCCGAAUAAUGCAGAAAGUGUCCUACUGCAGCCUGGCGGUAAUGGAAUCGGACGGCACGACGCCGUCCGGUGACAGUGAGCAGGCGGAAAGUACAGUCAAGGGACACUGGAAGCUCGCGGUGCCACCGUGCGACCCUGUGACGCACACCAACAACAACCGGUUUGACUACAAGAUACUAUUAGAGUAGGCGUAGAAUCGCGCAACCAUGAGGCGGAUUAGUUAUUGGGGUUAUUGGGUACAUCAUUGGGACCCUCGUUUCAACCGUACCAGUGCAUUACCAGGGCACUGGCGACAAUGGAGAAAGUGUUACUACUCUACGUUAUGCCUGUUAUUUAAAUACACACAUACACACUAGACUAAAACAAACCUAUAUAUUAUAAAAAUCAAAUAAUUGUCAGGUGACGCGGUCGAACGGAGGAACAUGUUUAGUUCUACGCCAAUGUAGCGCAUGCGUUUGUUGCUUUUUAUAUUAUCACCGGAUGCGUAUUACGCCCAAAGCUUCAUAUAUUACAUGCCCAAAAGGACAAAGGAACACCCAACUGUUUCGCUUUAAUAGUUAGCGCUUGGUUCUCCGCCUGCCGGUGAAGAGUAGGUUCUUCAUGCUUUCGAAAUGACAAUAAUACAGAAACCAGAGUAUGAUCUCAAUUGCUCACAAUACAGCAAGCAUAAGCAAAUCAAGCAUAUAUAUAUUCCAAUUGGAAAACUGCGCUUUCAACAAGCUUUCGAACCGUUGCGCACUGCCUUUGCGUCAAGGCUUCAUUUGCGUGAAGGGCAGCUUAACCAUGACGCGUACCACUGCUCUCAUCGCUUUUACAUGCGUUGCACUUGUUGGGGAUGGUUUUAUUUAAACGCUUAGCGUGUGUUAGCGUUUCUUUAAGCAAAAGCAAAACAAAACUGUGGCUACCGUACAAUAACUUAUUGAAAUAAAAUAUUAUAUGUUGUGUCAAGCCAAAAAA